AUGGCAGGUAGAAUGAACUUUAGACCAGCCAACGCAGCUGUUUUUUUAAUUUUUGGUGUUGCAUGGAUAUUACUAAUAGUAUCAUUUGGAACUUAUUGGUAUCGUAUUGAUGUUAAUGAUUUGACAACCUAUGUCUAUUAUAACAAGAUCAAGACUGUGGGCUAUCAUGGAACUGGUGUGAGCGAUUUGGAGGAAACAGACUAUAACCAGAGAUUUGUUCAAAUAUUCAAGGCUUCUCUUGCAUUUUCAGUGUUGGCUUGGGUAACCCUCAGUUUGACAUUGAUGUUUAUCAUUCUAUCGUUGGUUGGUAUUCUCGCCAAAAUCCCAUUACCAUUGUCCAAGGUUACAAAGAUAAUCCUUCCAGCGAUUGCUCUUGUCUUUUGUCUCUUAUCAAUGUUUAUCUUUGUUGGUUUGGGUGAUGCUAGAUAUAGGGAUUGUGUCGACAUCAAUGGAAGAGAAAGUUGUGUUCGUGAAGAAUUCAAGUUUAUGUAUGACAAUGAUAACGGUAGCGUUGGUGGUCCCUACACUGGCUGGGCUGCAGUUGUCGUAAGUACCGCCUUUGUUUUAAUUGGUGGAGCCUUAUCAUUUUUAUUAGCCAAUUAUGAUCCAGUCUCUUAA